UUGAGCCUUUCUUUUUUAAAUUAAGUGUCAUUUUUCAUUUUUCAGUUUUCUCCUCUGAUCAUGCAUCUAUUUAAACCUCUUCUCUAAUUAUUUAUAUAUCACUGCUAUUUUGUGCAACACCUUGUAAAUCAUUUUAGAAAAAUUAAGAGGAGGAUUCUUUUUGUAUGGUGGCCACCACUUUUGACGCAUGCCCUGGUAAGCAACUUCAGAUUGAUUUCAUUAGAUAUUUGGAAUCUGUCAAUUAAAUUGAGACUUAAUUAUCCCUUUUUAUCCUUAUACAAGAGAUAUUAUUAAACUUUAUUAUGUAUUAUAUAGUAUAUUAUUGUAUAACUGAUUUUUAAAGAUGACAUUUUCCCCUUAAACCUAGUUUUUUAAUAUAAAAUAAAUGUACAUGUAUAUUGAGCUUUCACUGUGUCAACUGUAGGUUAAGAAGGACUCAGCACUCGUCUCAGACCUCCUCAAGGAAAGGAAAUUUAUGAGGUCUGCCGAGUUUGCGCUGGAAGUAUUUCAGGAACUCGAUGGCCUAUUGGUCUGGGGUGGAAUCCACUUCCAUAAAGAGGACUCUUGGGAUCUGCUGAGCCAUCAGAGGAGCCCAUAUAUAUCCUAUUUAACUUUUCCUUCUCUCGGUGGGCUUGCCAGUCUUUCCUGUCCUUUUGCCAAGUGUGUUCUGCCCUCGCUCUUGUGCAUAGGGUGUGAGCACAGCAAACUGCCAAGAUGUCGGAGAAAAAGAUGACAUCCAGCCGCCGGUAUAACCUGAAGAGCCUGCUGCUCUCCAUUGCUGCUGGUUUGCUGGAGGCUGAAGCCAAGCAGCUCGUGGAAGAUAAGGAGUCUUACAUAAAUGAGCACUGCCCACCACUGGACCUUCCUAGCUCUGUGCAGGAGCUGCAGGAGCUCUGCAAGAAGCUCCAUCAGAGCAUUGACAAGGUUGAUGAGGAACGGUAUGACAUGGAGUCCAAGGUUGCAAAGUCAAACAAGGAGAUUGAGGACAUGAAGAUUAAAGUUCAGGACCUAAAGGGCAAGUUCAAGAAGCCUGUGCUCAGGAAGGUGCGCAUGUCUGCUGAUCAGAUGCUUCAGGCUCUGCUCGGCUCCAAACACAAGGUGUCUCUGGAUCUGAGAGCCAACCUGAAACAAGUGAAGAAGGAGGCCAAAGAGGAGUCUGCAGAACAAGUUGGCGACUGGCGUAAGAACAUUGAGGAUAAGGCUGGUAUGGACGGCAGGAAGAAGAUGUUUGAGUCCGAGGCUUAAGAGGGACUAGUGAUUAUUGUCUGAUAUAUCUUAAUUUAUCUCUGGCAGUUGUUCUGUAACCCCCCAAACACUGUUGUUUCAAUAAAGGUCGUUUACUGGUCA